CUUCCUCCCAUCACCUUCCUCUGCCCAUACAUACAGCGACAACGCUCGACAGUCUGAUUUAUACCUUCAUCUCACCGUCGCUACACCAUGUCUGCAUUAGCUUCUUCUCUCAUUCUGCAUCCGUCUCUGAACCAGUCACUCGCGGUACUGGCGACGACAAAUGGACGGGACAAGGUGUAUCGACUGAUCCAAUAUCUCUCAAGAUUGAUCGCGUGGUCAUACCUCCGUAGGGGCUCCCUGGACCAUGCUGCAAAGUGGGAAGGGUUGAUGAAGGGUAUGGCAGCGGGUAGAAGGGUGAUGCGGCUCUUCAAGCCCACCGAAUUUGUUCAGGCUGCGUUGAGACUUGCUCAGCGGCCUAUAACAUCACUCACCGCCCCUGGCCAAAUUGCGCACCUAGCCCAGAUUGGACGCCAGAUUGGCUAUGCUGGAUUCCUUGGCAGUGAUGGUCUCGUCUGGCUCGGUGGAAUCCAAUUUCUUCGCUACGACAAGGAGAAGAUUGCCCGACUUCAGCGGAUCUCGUACAAAUGCUGGUUGACUGGCAUUUUCCUCUCCCUUGUAUCAACCGUUGCCUCUCUCGCCAAGCUCAGAGCGGAUGGCAAGCGUUUCGCGUUAUCAAACAAGAUCGCCAGGCGGGAAGCGGCUACUUCUGAGAAGACGCCGGAGGAAAAGGCGAGAGAUGAGGAGGAGAGGCGUCAAAAGGGCAGGGCACUGUUGGCGCAACGGCAAACUCUACUGAGCCAAUUGGUGAUGGAUUCUUGUGAUAUCUGGAUCCCGGCCACAAAUCUAGGCUAUACCAGUCUUAACGACGGCGUCCUUGGCAUCCUCGGUGCUACGACGUCUUAUAUGUCACUCCAGACCUUGUGGGCGAAGCACAAGGCCGCUGGCAUCAGCAAAGUUUAGAUUGCAAGGACCUCAAUUGGGCUAGACGUAUCGGCUGCAGGCUUUGAGAGCGAUCGCCUAGUAAUGACAAUUCAACUCUUGGUGUGUGACGCGGACGGCCUGUAUAUGCAUCUGAGUAUGAGAUUC